CUGGAGCGAGUAUUUCUGGUUCUGCUGUGUUUUUGUUUUUUUACACUGUCGUGUCAGUUUAAAAUAAAACACUUUUGAAAGUGAUUAGAUUUGAUUCACACACGCGCGUUUUCGUACAGUGAAGGUAAAGUUAAAGCUAGCCUGGUUUUAUCACCGAACUUCUAAGGUGUGAAUGUGUUUUGAAUAGCUGUGGUUUAGCUUUUAAGUGUUAAGUGGCGUGUUGUUGGGAGAAAUGAACCACAAGAGCAAAAAGAGGAUUAAAGAGGCCAAAAGGAGCGCCAGACCAGAGCUGAAGGACUCGUUAGAUUGGACGAAGCACGGCUACCAUGAAGUGUUUGACCUGUCGCACCGGACUGUGAAGGAUAAUGUCGAGCGUGUGGACUCCCUCCAUCUCAGUCCCGAAGAGUUCAUCCAGCGCUUUGAGAAACCCUACAAGCCUGUGGUUCUGCUGAACUGUCAGGACAACUGGCCUGCCCGCGAAAAAUGGACACUGGAGCGCCUCAAACGCAAGUAUCGUAAUCAGAAGUUCAAAUGUGGUGAGGACAACGAUGGGUACUCUGUGAAAAUGAAGAUGAAGUACUACGUCAAAUACCUUGAGACAACCAGAGAUGAUAGCCCCCUCUACAUCUUUGACAGCAGCUAUGGUGAACAUGCCAAGCGCCGUAAGCUGUUGGAGGACUACCAGGUGCCAGUGUUUUUCUGGGAUGACCUGUUCCAGUUUGCAGGGGAGAAGCGCAGGCCACCUUACAGAUGGUUCGUGAUGGGCCCAGCCCGAUCCGGCACAGGCAUCCACAUUGAUCCACUGGGCACCAGUGCCUGGAAUGCUUUAGUGCAGGGCCACAAACGGUGGUGCCUCUUCCCCACCAACACACCCCGCGAGCUGAUCAAAGUGACCAGAGAGGACGGCGGCAACCAGCAGGAUGAGGCCAUCACCUGGUUCUCUGUGGUCUACCCUCGAACCCAGCAGCCAAACUGGCCCCCUGAGUUCAGACCACUAGAGAUCCUGCAGAGACCUGGAGAGACUGUGUUUGUGCCAGGUGGAUGGUGGCAUGUAGUUCUCAACCUGGAUGCCACAAUUGCUGUCACCCAGAACUUUGCUAGUUCAACUAACUUUCCCAUUGUGUGGCACAAAACAGUCCGAGGUCGGCCCAAACUCUCCAGGAAAUGGUAUCGUAUUUUGAAGCAGGAACGGCCUGAUCUUGCUGCACUGGCAGAUAAAGUCGACCUGGAGGAGUCGACCGGCAUCGCUUCUGACAGCUCCAGUGACUCUUCGUCGUCCUCCUCCUCAAGCUCAUCUAACUCUGACUCUGAUGCGGGGUCGAGCUCAGAGGGUGAUGCCGUUUCUCACCGCAGGAAGAAGCGAAGGACCUGUGGAAUGGCAGCGAAUGGAGACACCAGCAGCCAAGACGACUGUGUCAGCAAAGAGCGCAGCUCCUCACGGUGACCUCUGGCCAUGCCCACAUCUACUUGCUGUCAAAGCGAUGGCUGCUUUUAGUGUGUAUGUUAAAAUCGUGUCAAAUUAUGAGUCCCAGAAUGAAGUGUGGUGGAGGAACAGUCUGCACUUGUUUCGGGCUUAUAUAACAGAGGAGGACUGUCGCGUGGGCCAGCUGUGCUUUUUAAAAUUAGUUGCUCGCUGUACAUCUGUUAAAAAAUAAGGGUGGUACUCGGGAUGCUUUUUUUUGUGUGUGCUGAAUAACAGAUCUAAAAAGAAACACUUAAUUUUUAACAGUGAAGAAAAAGAUUCUUGUCGCGGUGUGACAUUUCGAGCCAGCAGAAGAGGUUAGAAUUAUCCCCACCUCUGAACUGGGUAAUCAGCACAACUAGCAAAAAUUUGAACAAUUACAUAAAACAUCAGAUUAAAGACUGAAAAGUAUUUCUUCAGAGAGGUGGAAUAGAUAUUUUUUUAAUAAAAUUUGGAACAUUCAGACUUACUUUGACAUCAGCUCUAAUCUUCUCUAUUGAUUGUUCAUCUGUGAAGGAUUUUGAAUUUCUCUGUGGUGUUUGAGUCCCUGCCUGCUGUGAGUCAGGUUUACUGCAUUAACAAUGGCCCACGCUGGUUCAAUUGAUGGAUUUAAGCAGAAGCCCAGCCUUCAGGCUGAACUGGGAUCAGUUGGCUUUAGUUCUCAGGUGUUGGUCUGUGUGCAUACAAGGGCUCGCUUGAGUCACAUUCUGUGAACCAGAACUUUAAAAUGUCAUCAAGUACAAUCUUAACUUUGUACUGGUAUUUCUCACAAAGGGCACUGCAGUCACAUUCAGAAUGUACUGUAUAGAUUUGUUCACUAUAUUCUAUUUGAGCUUUUCCACUAAAGCACAAUGCAAAACAAGUUUAUUCACCUUCUGUCUUGUACAGCUUUAAAAAAAGGCAAACACCUACCUUCAGAACAGAAAUGACACAAAGAUUUAGGAUUUCUUUCAAGAUGCUGCUUCCUGUGGUGUGAAAGUUUAUAGUGAAAACAAGGAACUGGGUCAAUACGAGAGGGAUUACAACAAACUUGAACAAUAUUAUACCAUAUUUUGAGAAUGCAAUCUUAAUGUUAUGACAAAGAUGAUGGAUAUGUAGAAUCAGUUUUCAUCUAAAAAUUAAACCAAUAAUGUGGCUUUGGUUUCCCUUAAAAUAUAACUUGUUUGUCAGAAUACUGCAACUUUAUACUGAGAUCACGACUCUUCUCAUAACUGCAAUUUACUGCAAAAUGGCACCUUGAUUAGCUGUAGCAUUCUCGAAAUGCACCUCAGCAGGUGAUUUCAUUAAUGAGCACCACUUCGAGGAGAGGAGCUCAGUCAUUGACAUCACCUGCUCAGGUGAUUAACUGGAACAAAAAAUGCACUCUCUUAGCCCCCAUGGCCUACAAUAACAGCUUAGAACUAUUAAUACCCUAGCAAGCACUAGCACUUUAUCAGCAAUGUCCAGCACCCUCAGAUCAGUCUAUAACACUCCAGUAAUAGCUUCCAAUAGUCUUGAAACCAUCCACAACCUUAUUGAAACAGCUUUCAGUACCCCAGAAACCAUCUACAGUACCAUGCCAACCACUAAACCCUCAGUAUCAGCUUUCAAUAGCCUAGGAACUGUCUGCAACACCCUAGAAACUGUUAAUUUUGACAUAUUUUGGUCAUUGUCUUGACUAAAAUGUCAUUUACAUAUAGCCAUAAUUUGGUCAUCUGAAUUAUUUUAGUUGAUGAAAUAUAUUAACAUUUUGUGCAUUAUUUUCAUUAAAAUUAAACCAUAAUAUGCUGUCAAAAUUAACACUGCCUAGUAACAGCUUCCAGUAGUCUAGAAACCAUUAACAGCACCAUAGCAACCACUUAUAACCUAGCAACAGCAUCCAAUAGCCUAGAAACAAUCUAAAACACCCUAGCAAACGCAUCACCUUAGCAACAGCUUCCAGUAGCCUAGGAACUGUCUGUAAAAACUUCCAAUAGCCUUGGAACUGUCUGCAACACCCUAGUAACAGUUUCCUGUAGCCUAGAAACUGCCGGCAGCACUGUAGCAACCACUAUCACCUUAGCAUCAUCUUCCAAUCACCUAGAAAUGUUCUGCAACAGCCUAACAACCGUCAAAAGCUUCUAGUAGGCUAGAAUUCAUCUACACCAUCUGAGCAACUACUUACCACAAAAUGUUUUCUUGCGGUAUUGAAACUUUACUUUCAGAAGUAAGUGACAUUACCAUCAUAUUGACCCUGGAACCAGUCACAACAAUGCAACACAGGUGCAACAUCCUCACAACAUGUAUGGCAAGCAACAAACUCCUGCAAGAGAUUAGUAACCGUUAACACCAUGGCAACAACAGCAUCCUAGAAACCACUUACAACACCCACAAUACCCUAAAAUCUACUGAAGCAGCAGCAGCAGCAGCCUAGAAGUAACUCAGAACUGCAUCCAUCAUUCUUGCAUCCCAUGAAAAAAAGUUCCACUGUUUGUCAUCGUGGGCAGAAUCAGAACGGCAGUUCAUGUGACCCUGAAGCAUAUUUCUACAGGGACAUCAUUUUUCCUGCUUUGUCAGAAUAUUAACGGUCUCAUGUUUCUUUCCUUGAUGAAUGACCCUGAUACUCAAUCCUACCCGAAGGACAAACAGCAGCCGAUUACUGGUUCCAACAUGUUUUCUAAAACAUUUGCAGUCAGAAUACAUUGAUUGCUAUAUCUGUGCAGUACACACUGAUGUGUUGCUUGAACUAAAAGUGCCUAUAAGUACGCCAGGCAGUGUUUGACUGUGAGGUUUGUUUGUGCAGUGAUUUUCAACCCUGAUCCUCAGGGACUGACUGCUGCACAUUUUGCUUAUUAGUUCCAUCAGGCAUGUUUAGACAAUCAGGAGCUGGUGGACACCAGACGAGGCCCAUCGGGUGUCGGUUGGGUUUCUGAGGACCAGGAUUGAGAAGCACUGUUAGUCUGACACUGCGAGGGUGGUACAGUUGGAAGGUGUUUUGAUUUGUUCUCAAUCUGAAGCUUUGUUGUGGUCCCUGGGCUUGGUGGCACAGUGCCUUCCAUAAAUGUAUUUUUUUUAACGGCUGUUUAGGGCUCGUCUUUCUCUGGUGGAAGCGUUACUGACUUCAUCUGCUCUUCUCUCAUCCAUCUCAACUGGUCUGGGAUCUGCUUCUUCAUUCAUCCCAACAAAUAGGUUUUUUAAUGUGCCAAAAAGACUUCCACCAAGCUCCAGCAUGCCAGAUCCCCCUUUUAUACAUACCUCAAUGGUUUCUUCCUUAUAAGUACCAAUGUUUUGACAUUUGAUUUAACGUUAUAUAUAAAUGGGUAAUCCUGCUAACAACGAAAUACAUAUCCUCCUUGUCCCUCCACAAAAGAUUUUAAAGUGAAAUUACAUUUUAAAUUUAAAUCAGACUUAAAUUUUGACGAAACUUCCAAAGGCUCAGAAACUUGUUCUUCAAUUUUUCCACUUCAAAAGCCAGUCUCCCAUUGAAAAUUCCUGGCUCCAGUUUGCAUCCUGAUUCUAAAAAUUAGGAAAUCGGGCACAGUUUACUAAAACUACAAGAAAAAUGUGCAUUUCCUACUAUUAUUGUCGAAUGCAGUCCCUUGUGCCACACAAUGCUACCAUGCAGGUAUCCUGCGGUUAUCGCCACACUUUUCCACAAAGCGAGCUAAAACGUAUCUGUUAACAUCCUAAACGGUGCGACAUGCUUUUCAUGUGAUUCAUGCUCUGGAUUCAUAUUACAGAGGAGAAUCAAGAGGCUUGUGACUCAGAGCAGUAGGUACCAAAUGUCACUUUUUUUUUUUUUUUUUUUUUUUGAACAUGUGCAAAAUUUACAACACUAUGUUUAACACAGAUUACAAUCAUUUUAGGCAUCACAAUUAUUUAUUUUUCUCCUGCCAAAAACCAACACAAUGAAUCGGGUGUCAGAUAUUAGCAAUGGGAGACUGGCUUUAGCCACAGUUGUCAAAGAAUACCUUAGUUCUAAGAUUUCUAAACUGCAUUUUGUUUUGUAUUUUAAAAUGUCAACCUGUUGAAGAGGUUUUGAAGCUGUAAAACUUUUUUAUUUUAAGAAACUAAAUUAUCUGGGCAAAAAUGACUAGUGUGCAAAAUCUUUGGUAGUUUUGUUCAAACUUUGGGCAACAUCAUUUUUUCUGUAGUUUAUUUUGUAUUAAGCAGCUCUUAAAAUGUGCUGAGUUAGGCGUUGAGUUUUCCUGAGCAGCGUCUCGACACCGGGGGGGGGGGGGGGUCAGUCAAGUAUGCUGCUCGCUCGGCAAAUGUCAGGAAAUUUCUGUUAAACUUGUACCAAUUUUGAACAUGUUUAAUAGUAGCUUGACACCACUCUGCAUCCAGUUUUCAUAUUGCCUCAAACUGAGUGAGAGUCUGAGAGCACCUGAAAAGUUUGUUCCCUGGACACAUGCGCAAGCCAAAUUCGACCCCUUUUAAGAGCUGCUUUACUCUGUAAAAGAAGACUUUGGGAGGGAGUGCUGAUGUUGAAUGGCAGUGUGUGUGGCUGUUAUGAGGUGAGUGUCUCCAGGUGUUUGAGGGGACUCUGAUAUAAAUUGUUGCUGUCCAAAUUAGUCAGUACUGUAAUUUUGUUGAGUCAAUAAAAUACUUUCUGAUUCUA